AUGGCUACUGAACCUGCCGCCAAACGUCGGCGACUCAGUCCGUCUGGAGACAAUGUGCCUGGCUUUGCAAACUGGGACCUGGAACAGAGUUAUGAGCAGAAACGACGAAAAGGCAAAAAGGACAAAGAUGAACGAUUACUGGUCAAGAGCGGCGAUGACUGGAAGGAAGACGAGAGAUUGAAGGAGGUCGCAAGGCUAGAGGCGGAAGGUGCGAACGAUGAUGAUUCGAUGGACAGCGACGAGGACGAAAAGGACAGUGGAGCUGCUGACCUGGAAUCCAAGCCAAAGCCUGUUGCUCAAUCUGAUGUCCCUCCCAAAGAGCAGAUCCGACAAGCAAAAGAAGAUCUGGCCAAGAUAGCGGGCCAUAUCAGCGAGAGUCCAGAAGAGAACAUUGCACAGCUCGGACAACUGGCAGAGAUAGCACAAAGCCGUAAUGUCACUGUCAAGAAGCUAGCCAUGGGCACGCAGCUUGCAGUCUACAAGGACAUCAUUCCUGGGUAUCGGAUACGACCUUUGGGGAAAGAUGACAUGGACGCCAAAGUAGGCAAGGAAGUCCGAAGACUACGAGCAUUCGAGCAGACACUACUUUCGGGCUUCAAGGGCUACGUCCUCGCGCUCGACAAACUAGCCAAGGACAAGCAGAUGCGAAGCGUAGCAGUGGUAUGUGCGGCUACUCUCUUGACCACUGUCCCACAUUUCAAUUGUCGCAAUGAAGUCAUUGCCAUCGUCGUCCGGCAGCUCAGCUCACGAAACUCAUCACCAGAGACGAUGAGAUGCGCCGAAGCUCUGUCUCAGCUCUUCCGCGAAGACGAAGAAGGUCAUGCGUCCCUUGAAGCCGUCACACAGCUCACGAAGAUGAUGAAGAGUAAGAACUAUCAUGUUCAUGAGAAUGUGCUGAAUACUUUCUUACAUCUGCGGCUACUGUCCGAGUUUGCACAUAAAGCUGGCACGAACAGUAUUGAUCGUGAACGAGCGGAUGGAGAAGAUGAUGUACCGGCUAAGAAGCUUAAGAAGAAAGAUCGGGAGUACCGCUCGAAACGAGAACGCAAGAUAUUUAAGGAGCGAAAGGCAGUGGCGAAGGAAUUGCAAGAAGCUGAUGCAGUGGUGUCGUACGAAGAUCGAGAUAAAAGUCAGGCUGAGACGCUGAAGUUGGUAUUCGUGGCGUACUUCCGAAUCUUAAAGGCAAAGACGCCCCAUCUCAUGGGUGCAGUGCUAGAAGGUCUGGCGAGAUACAGCCACCUGAUCAAUCAAGACUUCUUCGGCGAUGUGCUAGAAGUGCUCAAAGAUUUGAUCUUACAUGCCGAAGCAUCUCUCGAGCCAGCAGACGACGAAGAUGAACAAGGUGAAGAAGAGCCGGAAGAUGAAGUCGACGCUGCGACGGAACGGAACAUCACCCGCGAACGCCUCCUCUGCAUCAUCACUGCCUUCGCACUCCUGCAAGGCCAACAAGACGUGGCAAAGAGCGCGAGUGGUCUGCAACUCGACCUCAACUUCUUCAUCACACAUCUCUACCGCACACUGCUCCCCCUAGCCAUGAACUCGGACAUCGAACUCAGCGCCAAAAGCGCGCACCUCGCCGACCCCAAUGGUCUCGCGACACCGGCCUCAACUGCCAAAGACACCAAAGUCAACGUCUCCACUACCACUGUCCUGCUCCUGAAGAGUCUCCAAAGCGUCCUCCUACCGCCAAUGAACACGAAACAAGUCCCUCCCCUCCGCCUCGCAGCUUUCCUCAAACAACUGCACACUCUAGCUCUCCACCUUCCAACCAAGUCUGCUACGGCUGUAAUGGCAUUGGUUCAACAGAUCGUCGAGAUGAAGGCGCUCAUACUCGACGUCGCAGCGCGUACAGCGAAUGUCAAGGAUAUACCCAGGCCUAUACCAGAACCCAGUGAAAUCCUGGUCGAAGUCCAGGCGAUAGCUCUCAACCCCAUCGACCCACUCUAUGUCGCCCACCCACUCGCAUCUGAGAACAGCGAAAGAGUAAUCGGCAGCGACUUCGCCGGCACAGUCGUCUCACUCCACUCUAGCUCCUCAGCGUCAAGCCCAGCAUGUACGCUGAAACUCGGCGAUCGCGUAGCAGGUUUCCUCCAAGGCGCGUGCUCCCGCAACGACCGACCAGGAGGUUUUGCGGAAUUUGUCACUAUUCCUUGGGAUCUUGUGUGGAAGAUUCCGGAUGGUGUCAGUAUGGAGGAAGCGGCGGGUGUGAGUUUGGUGGCGUUGACGGCUGCGCAGGGGAUGUGGUAUCGACUGGGCUUGCCGGCGCCUUUUGAGUUUGAUCGUGAGGCUGCGGUGGGGGAGCAAGGUAAGGACUUUCCUAGUGCUUUUGAUGCGGGAGGAGGUGGAAUUGAAGGAGAAGACGUGAAUAUCCUGGUCUACAGCGCCGCUACUUCCGUGGGCAUGUACGCCACACAGUUCGUACGAGUUAGCUCUCGCACCCAACCUGGGGUCAAGGAGCAGUGGCGACUUUUUGGCACGGCAUCACAGGCUCGCUGGGAUAUGCUGAAAGCUCCACCAUACUCCUAUGACUACCUGGUUUCCUACCGUGACGCUGACUGGCCUGAGCAAGUCCGCACUCUCUCCGGAAGAAAGGGUAUGCACUAUAUCUACGACACCAUAUCCGAAGGCGAUACUGUCCAACUUUGCGCCUCCACCUUGAGCAAGGGAGCGAAAGGGAUGGCUAUCGUUCGGUCGAAAGAAGCUGGGGCCUGGACACCAUUUGAUACUUCUGAGCUGAACGUGCCCGAGCCGAUCUACGGAGCCGUUUGGGAAGGGCUAGGUGUCGAGGUCGAGUAUCACAAGUUCACCCUGCCUGCUUCACAAGCCGCGAGGGCCUUUGCGGUGGAGUUUUAUGCGUGGCUAGGUCGGGCUAUGGGUGAAGAAGUUGUGCCUGUGCCUGUAAGAAUCAUGCCUGGUGGAUUCGAGAAGGUUGUUGAGGAUGGAUUUACGCUGCUGGGCACUGGCACGAUGGGAGACCGGACGGUGGAGAGGAAUGAAGGAUGGAUGAGGCCGGUGGGUGGUGAGAAGCUUGUUUAUCGUAUGUCAUGA